CGCCCCCGCCGCCCGCGCCGCAGUCCGCAUCCACCCGGUGCGGUCAGCCCCGGCUGCGGCUCCAGCUCGGUGCUCCGCGCUUCUUUCCGAGCCGGAUCGCGGGAGCGAGCAGGGGAGGGGACCGCAGCCGGCGCCCGAGGGCAGGAGGAGUCCGCCGGCGUGCCCCGGGCUGCCGCAGCAGCUGCCGGUGGCUAGGAGGUGCCAGCCCGCACGGGGUGGCCCAGCUGCGGGAGCGGCGGGGCGGGGGCCGUGGCCGCGGGCCCCGGGGAGAGCUCGCGGGCAGCAUGGCGGGGCUGCGGGCCAGGCGGGGCCCGGAGCUGAGGCUGCUGGCGCUCUUGGCGCUCGGCUUCUGCCUCACGCUGCAAGUCAGUGCUAAGAGGCCCCCCAAGACGCCCCCCUGCCCGCCCAGCUGCUCCUGCACCAGGGACACCGCCUUCUGCGUGGACUCCAAGGCAGUGCCCAGGAACCUGCCCUCAGAGGUCAUCUCCCUGACCCUGGUGAAUGCUGCCUUCUCAGAGAUCCAGGAUGGAGCAUUUGCCCACCUCCCACUGCUGCAGUUCUUGUUACUCAACUCCAACAAGUUUACGCUGAUCGGUGACAACGCCUUCACAGGACUGUCGCACCUGCAAUAUCUCUUCAUUGAGAACAAUGACAUCUGGGCCCUAUCCAAGUUCACCUUCCGAGGACUCAAGUCCUUGACUCACCUCUCGCUGGCCAACAAUAACCUGCAGACACUGCCCAGAGACAUCUUUCGGCCCCUGGACAUCCUGAACGACUUAGAUCUGCGGGGCAACUCCCUCAACUGUGACUGCAAGGUGAAGUGGUUGGUGGAGUGGCUGGCACACACCAACACCACGGUGGCGCCCAUCUACUGCGCCAGCCCGCCCCGCUUCCAGGAGCACAAGGUCCAGGACCUGCCCCUGCGGGAGUUCGACUGCAUCACCACCGAUUUCGUGCUGUACCAGACCCUGUCCUUCCCAGCAGUGUCAGCUGAGCCCUUCCUCUACUCCAGCGACCUCUAUUUGGCUCUGGCCCAGCCAGGUGUCAGUGCCUGCACCAUCCUGAAGUGGGACUAUGUCGAGCGGCAGCUUCGAGACUAUGAUAGAAUCCCAGCCCCCUCUGCAGUGCACUGCAAGCCGAUGGUGGUGGACAGCCAGCUGUAUGUGGUCGUGGCCCAGCUGUUUGGCGGCUCUUACAUUUACCACUGGGAUCCCAACACCACGCGCUUCACCAAGCUGCAGGACAUUGACCCGCAGCGUGUGCGCAAGCCUAAUGACCUAGAGGCCUUCCGCAUCGAUGGUGACUGGUACUUUGCCGUGGCCGACAGCUCCAAGGCAGGUGCCACCAGCCUCUACCGCUGGCACCAGAAUGGCUUCUACUCCCACCAGGCGCUGCACCCCUGGCACCGCGACACAGACCUGGAGUUUGUGGACGGUGAGGGCAAGCCGAGGCUGAUCGUGUCCAGCAGUUCCCAGGCGCCCGUCAUUUAUCAGUGGAGUCGCACCCAGAAGCAGUUUGUGGCUCAGGGUGAGGUGACCCAGGUGCCUGAUGCCCAGGCUGUGAAACACUUUCGUGCCGGUCGCGACAGCUACCUGUGCCUCAGCCGCUACAUCGGCGACUCCAAGAUCCUGCGCUGGGAGGGCACCCGCUUCUCCGAGGUGCAGGCCCUGCCCUCCCGGGGCUCGCUGGCCCUGCAGCCCUUCCUCGUGGGUGGCCGCCGCUACCUGGCGCUGGGCAGCGACUUCUCCUUCACCCAGAUCUACCAGUGGGAUGAGGGGCGACAGAAGUUUGUACGGUUCCAGGAGCUGGCUGUGCAGGCCCCUCGGGCCUUCUGCUACAUGCCUGCUGGGGACGCCCAGCUGCUCUUGGCCCCCAGCUUCAAGGGACAGACACUGGUGUACAGACAUGUUGUGGUGGAUCUCAGUGCCUAGCAAGGUGCUGAGGCCUCUGGGCUCCUCAGGGUGGCAGCUGGAGGUUGGGUGGGGGCCUCUGUGAGCAGCAUGUGUGCCUGUGUGAAGACACGAGGCCAACCUGCAUCUGUGCCCUGGCAUAUGCACAUGCCCGGUGUGCACAGGCACACCCUGUGGACUGGCCCAGGGGGACAUGCGUCAUCACUGUAAUCAGCAUGAACACCAGGCACCGCUGGGACACCUAGCGCCCAGUUCCCGUGACCCUAUCCGGCAAGUCCCUGCACUCUGCAGCCUUCCCCACGGUCUGCCCCCAGUCUCAUGCAUAUGAGUGGUGCAGGGUGCUGGGAGCGAGAGGGGCCGCAUCCUCCUGUUCCCUUGCUUCUCCUUCUGCCCCCUGGUCUUCCCUGUCGGUGCUCCAGGCGUCGUUUACCUGCCCUUGCUUCCCUGGGGUGCACUCAGCCCUGUCCCGCCCCGUCUGCAUGCUCAUGUGGAUGGGAAUGGACACAAUUACACACUCACACGCCCCAUCCUCACCCCAUGUCCAUCUAUAAACAUGUCAGGGCACAUGUGCUUACAUGCAGAAUCAGUGCUGCCCACUGGGCUCGCCUCUGUUACUUUGCCUCUCUGCUUGGAGGGGACCCCCUCUGCUCACCCCCAUCGUGCCCCCCUGCCACUGAUAAGGAUGAGAAUGGUGGUGCCAGCUUUUGAGGGCCUGCUUGGCAUCCUGGGGGCAAAGCCCCUUUGCCCAAAGCAAUAACAACAGCAGCAGAAGCAGCCUGGGGAGCUUCCAGCUCUCUCUGCCUCUGUUCUUGGCGUUUCCUUCCUGGUCCUGAAUCCCAGCUCACCCAUGGACAGAGGCCCCCCCAACUGAAAGCCUUUCUGCUUUUCUUCCUGGAGCUGUCACUUCCUCAGCCUGGGACUAUCCCCUGCUUCACCCUGUCUUUGGGACAUGGCCCCAGAGCUGGGCAGGCCUCUUGGGUGAAUCCGAGAGCUGGCCGAGCUGCAAGCACCCAAGCUACCUGUGACGGCACCCAGAGUGGAGCCAGUCCUGAGGGCAUGUUGCAGCCCUGGCACCCCCAAUCCACAGAGGCCCCCCCUAGGAGCACUGUCUUUCAGUGGACAGGGUGGGAGCCGAGCUUCUGCUGCCCUCUGCUGUCUGCUGAGAUGCCAGGCUAGUGGAGAGGGAGUGGGCAGGGGUGGCCCUGCCCUGUGCCCAGAUGGUGUGAUGCUCCUUGUGGCAGGAUACCAGGGCACUGAGGGGCAAUGCUAUGAUUCACUUGCUUCAAAUAAAAAGUUCCCUCCCCAUAA